UUACAUUCAAGGAGUUCCAGAGGCAAACUUCUCCAAAUCGGACUUGACCUGGCAACACAGAGCUUGUGUAUUAAAACGAACAUAACCCGAGUUAACUAACCCUCCACCAGCACUAUAUAUAUACACAUAUAUCCCCAUAGUCAAGGAUCAGGAUGCGGAAGGUGCAGGUCCUGGUGCAGACGCGCGAUGGACGGAAGACCGUCUACGAGGUGGAUCGCUUUGGAACGGUGGGCAGUCUGAAGACGCGGAUUGGACGCGCCAUGUCCGUGCCCAUGGGCUUUAGCCGGCUAUCGUACAAGGGUCGCGUGCUGCCCAAUCAGAGUGUGCUGGAGGAUGUGGGCGCCAACAAGAUGUCCACCCUGGAUCUCAGCUGGGAGCCGGUCGUCCUAACGCCCAAACAGUUGAGCGAAAAGGAGAGCGAAUGCGGCAAAAUCGAGGGCUAUGGCCAGAUGGUCAGAACUGGUGGCCUCAUGCAGACAUUGGGCAGUUUCCAGGAUGCGGAUGCCGUAGCACCCAACGGUGGCAUAGUCAAUAAUGGACCAACAACGGAUGACUCCAGUCCGCGGCCACUGAACGCGGAGGAUGAGCUGGAGGAGGAGCUGGAGGAUCAGGACAUGAACUGCGCAUCUUCCGAUGGACUCGAUUUCUUUGCCAUUCAGCCGAGCUUCAAGAAAUCCGAUGACUUACUGGCCAAAGGCCAACGAGAGAUGGCGCCAUUGGAGACACCAGAGACACCAAAGACACCAGAGACACCAGAGACACUGAAGCCACCAGAGCCACUGAAUCUGGCCAAGAAUGUGGAGAAAUGUGCCGCAACCAAGGCGCCCGUUCACAAGAAGAAGGGCAAGAAGAACCGCAAAAAGAAGUAGACUGUUGUAUAUUUUUUUUUUUUUCUUGAUUGUCAAUUCGAAAUUCCCUCGAAAGCAAGCGAUUUUCAACCUUUGAUUUGAAAUCUAAAUUUGCGUUAACAGCAAAACUAAUAAAAAAAAAAACCUCGA